AAUGUCACGGAACUUACUGGUUUUUUCAGGACAGAUGGAAGUUUUGUGGUUCAUGAUGUACCUUCAGGAUCUUACGUAGUGGAAGUUAUAUCCCCUGCUCAUAAAUUUGAUCCUGUGCGAGUUGACAUAACUUCAAAAGGCAAAAUGAGAGCAAGAUAUGUGAAUUACAUCAAACCCUCUGAAGUUGUCAGGCUGCCAUACCCACUCCAGAUGAAAUCUUCUGGACCACCUUCAUACUUUAUAAAGAGAGAAUCUUGGGGAUGGACAGAUUUUCUCAUGAACCCUAUGGUGAUGAUGAUGGUUCUUCCAUUACUGAUAUUUGUGCUUUUGCCUAAAGUUGUCAACACCAGUGAUCCUGAUAUGAGGCGGGAAAUGGAGCAGUCAAUGAACAUGCUGAAUUCCAACCAUGAGCUGCCAGAUGUGUCUGAAUUCAUGACAAGACUUUUCUCUUCAAAAUCUUCCAGCAAGUCUGGUGGUAGCAGCAGUAAAGCAGGGAAAAGUAGUUCUGGAAAAAGGAGGUAGUUAAGUUUUCCUCCUAAGUCUGAAUUUGCAUAGCUGUUUGUUGCCAUGUGGUGUCAUGUUUAUUUGUCUUGGAAGAUCAAAAAGCCACUACUGUAAACUUUAACCAGGCACAACAUAUGUUAUGCUACAAGUGUGGUUUGUAGCUUUUUUUAGACUGUAUAAGCUGUUUUGUACUUGACAGUAAGCAAAAGAUGACAUGGCUUCAAUACUGUAUCUGUAUAAAGUUAUUGAUGACACUGAAUUAACUAUAUUGUUCUGUAGAGAAUUAAAAUAAAUUAUACAAUGUGCUUCACAGUAAUAAAUAUCUCAAGACAAUGUAUAAAAAAAUUUCAAAGAUAAUAGAAGUGGAGUUCAGUUUUAAGAUGUCUUUAAUGUUUUGCACUUGUUGAGUUCCAAAAUGAACAAAUCAUCCUUUCAAAAUGGAGUUGUGAGUUUACUGGGUAAGUAAUUUGCUGUAUCAUCUUGUCACAUGUUACAUAUAAAAUCAUUUUAUUUUAUGCUGUUUGCUGUCUGUACAAUUUACAGAAUCACAGAGCGGGUAAGGUUGGAAGGGACCAAUGGGUCUUCUGGUCCGAUCUCCCAAUCAGGGUCAUCCCAGAGCACACAGCACAGGAUUGCAUCCAGAUGGUUCUUGGAUAUCUUCAGUAAGGGAGUCUCCACAACCUCUCUGGGCAAUCUUUAGUUCAAAGAUUUUUCCACUAUAUAUUGCCCAGUUUUACUCUGAUCUACUUUUGGCUAAAAACUCUUCAGGAGGAAAGAAAGCCAAGUAUCUUGCAUGAGGAAAUCAUUUAAACUGCCAAGAUCUUGAAUCUUUCUUUUCUAAAUUACAUGUAUCACUUCUGUGACACUGAGGGUUCUUAUGCGUUCUGUGCUUUCAGCUUACCAGUGGAAUUAUUUGAGGCCACAUACUGAAUUUUAAAUUAAGUUCAAAUUAACUAAUUUUAAAAUGAAAGAAAAGAACUUAAGGUGUAGUAGGAAGCUAAAUUAUUUUCAUCUUAUAAAUUAUGUUCCAAAGUAUAUGGCUUUCAAGGAAUGCUAAGUCACUGGCAGAACUUUGCUGAGCAUGCCUGUUUAUCUCUUAUACAGGAUCUAUUCAAGCUACCAGAGAAAAGUUGAAAAAACUGGUUGUUUUUCACUAGUUGAACAUUUGCAAAUUAAAAUGACAGCAGACCUGCCAAACACUAUUAGCAACAGUCCAUAAUUUUAUUUUAUUUUUGUCAUAAAUGCUGUUCUUCAUCUUUACAGUUGGUAAUUUCUUAGGUAACAGUGUUAUGCAGCAUAGAUAAUGUGUCUCUGCUUCCAAAAAUGGUAUUUAACAUCCACUUACAGUACAUCUGAAGCAAAAUCAAUUCUAAUGCAUGUAUUUGUAGCAGAAGAGGGCUAUAAAUUUUCUUAUAAUACAUACUUAGAAGUUAUGCUGGGGUACAUAAAAGUUGCAAGAGACUAAAUAUUCAUUCAUAAGAUUAAGUCUAUUUUUAAGGUGUUGAAGAAGAAAUAACCCAAUAUUUUCUGUGGACAAUGAAAGAUUUCACUCUGCAAAGUAAGCUGCAUGUUUUUGCUCUCUUUUUGUUUUGUUUGAAUGGUCUUUUUGUUCCACACAGCAAGGAAAAUAUUUUUAGUGGAGACAAGAAAAUAUUUUGAUACUCUUGCUGGAAGGAUCUACUGAAAUAAAUGUCAAGUUGCAUUGGUGGAGAAAAAAAAACAAACUUAAAAAAAAACCUCUUUCAGAAGUAUCUUAUGAAAAAAAUAUGUGAAAAACAGAAAGGAAUUCUUUGAAGAUGGAGCAAUUAGCACUGUUACUGGGCUAUCCUGGAAAGUACAAGCCAGGAGUUACUUUUUUUUAACAGUAAUUGAAAUAACAAUUGAAUUGCAUUAGCUUAUCAUACUGAUGCAUUUUUCCAUGUUAGGAACAUUGUAAAAUUCCAAAGGUAGGAACUAAUAAAAAAUUCCAAAGGUA